AUGGAGAGGUUACCCACGUUGUGGUGUUUUGCCCGGGAAACUGGUGGUGGCCCACCAUUUCAAGUCAACAUUCACGAAGCGAUGACUGUUAUGACACUAAUCCCUCUGUUACCAGAUGACCUCGAUCACCGCAUCACAGCACUUGAAAAACAGUAUGGGUUUGGACCUCUGGUUCUGUCCAAGUUGUCCCAGUUUAAUGAUUCAGUAAAAACACACUUCAACCUUGGUGAAUUAGAUGAUGACACCCUGCAUAUAAUCGUACAAAAACCGGAUGAUGAGCCUCCCCAGAAGCGGAGGAAAAUAGCUGGUGAUAAAUCCUUAACACCCGACGAUUCCCCUCGCAUGGGUCUGGUCGAGACAAAGCAGGCUUUGGAAGAUGCCUGCGCACCCUUCACUCAGUACAUCAAGCAUCUUGCAGAUGGAAGGCUCGAUGGACACUUCACGUCAAAGUGCCGAUCCGGGAAGUUUUGUGUACCCGGUUUCACGAUGACCACCGAUCCCAACCUUCUCAUUCAUAAUAUGGGUGUUUCUGUGGACCAGCAGAAGAUACGGGAACUAUUUUGUAAUAACACAGUCCACCUCUUCAACACGUCGGGGUCAGGCAAAACCCGCCUUCUCCUUGAUGGCCUUUGCCACUGCUGGGGCAUUUAUUUUACCUGUCGAGCAGAGUUUCCAUCGGGUGGCUCCAAAGACUUGAGAGAUGCAUCCAACACCCUUCCAAAAUUUCAGUCUUGGGGAGGAGCAGGUGAUGUAAGGGCGAAGGCUGCAAAACGCGCCUUAUCGAUGUUGAAAUUCGUGGAAGCUCUUCCGGAGGGCAUAACUGCCGUAGCAGCCCGAAAGCGCUGGACCUUUUUACAAGUGGUACCACCACUUAUCAGUUAUCUGGAUCUCUUCGUUCUGCUCUUCCGCAGCCUCCGCCACGGUGAUGAAUUUGAGAUGAAUACAUAUGUUGAAACAACUCUCACAGAGAUCACAAGCAACCAUCCACACCUUUUUCAAGACGAUCUUGGUAGCCUGAGUAACUUUAAGCUUUGGGCAGUUUUGGACGAAGCUCAAGCAGCUUCCACCAUGCACCAAGGCAUCUUUCCAUCAACAUCAGAUCCGUCGACUCUCAAACACUCGUUUCUACACGAGGCACACCUUUACCUCAUGAAUUCCGACCUUUUUUCGGGUAUUGUGCUUUCAGGGACUGGUUUGUCUGUUGAAGCGGUCAAUGAGGCCAUCAGGUCAUCCUACGCCAAGGAGAUGCCAAGCAUAGGGCUAUCUAAGGUAUUUACGGAUACUGGAUCUUUCAUGGACGCAGACAUUCACAAAAAAUAUAUCCUCGGCUACCUCGAUAUGGACUUGAACAAUUACUCUCACCAGCGACUCUUGGAAAGAAUGGUAUACUGGUUGAGGGGGCGUUAUCGCCCAACUGCUGGUCUUAUCUCCAUCUUUUUGUCCGAGGACAAUCUUCCACGCCAUCGCAUCCUCUCGGCAUACAUACAUCAGCUGACAAAGUUUACACCCAUUGAUGCCGUCGAACUUGAGGAACAGGAGGACCAUAUACCUCCUAAGAUUCACAUGCAAAUCAAAAAACUGAUUAAAAUUGGAUCUCUUGAGCCGAUCUUCGAAGAUGUGAAUAGUCAGUAUAUGGCUGCUUAUGAUCAAUACUGGAUAAGCUUAUAUCAGGUUCUAGGCAAUUCUCUAGUUCAAACACUGGUCCACAUUGUCCGGCGCUGGAUGAUGGCGGGCGAGCUGUCUCACAUCACGCGUGAUGAUGAGAUACAUAAGUUAAUUGACCUAGGUGUUGGCCAGCUGAGAACAUUGGAAGGGACUCGGAAAGAUAACAUUUCACAGAAUUUUUCAGUGUACAUCGGCGAACCACUCAUAAUCCUCUACCUAAGCACACGCUUUCAAGAACAGGGAUGGACAACACGGUGGGAAUGUUUUUCUCACGCCAUUCUUAGUGCUCCCAGCAGACCAGCCAUCGGCUUUCUCUUUGAGGAGGUGAUUAUGUACCUCCUCAUGGAUGUCUUUGGUGGCAAGUCCAUUCCUCUAGAAAAGGUCUUUCAUUUCCCCGAAGGGUCACCCUUGGGUGGAAGAAAUGUUGAACUGGUUGCAGGAAGGCAAGUUGGACUUGACAGCAUGUCAGUGGCAAAGACUUCGUGGCUCACGGGGAGUUCCGAUGGCUUUGGGUUCAAAGCGAAAUCAACUGCUGAUGCUCUUGCCUUCCUGCGUGACCCAAAGGGCAAACCAUUUUUGUUCCCAGACAAUUACAUGGGACCCGAUUUACUUUGCCUUCUUCGGGACACAGAGAGCGAGGAGUUAAUGGUACUUUUGGUUCAGGCCAAGGUGCAAAAGCAACUAGACACCAAGACCUGGAUGAAAGCCCUGGAAUCUAUCAAUCCCGAAUACUUUUAUACUUAUGUGAACAAAGACAGUGGGAAACGGGUUCAGCAUGGAUCUAUUGCUUACGAAGACCUCCUCGAUAAUUUGAAUCUUCUCUUUACCAGUAUCACUGGGACAGAUGAAUUCCGACUAGCUGUCGAAGGCAUGCGUAGUCGCCUGCGCAGCGCGAGGCAGCCUUCAGGUACACGGAAGACACCAAAAUUCUUGCGGGUCGUUGCAUCGCCUGAUGACAAACAUGGAAACCGUCUGGAUUCACAGAGACAGGGCGACGUCGCUACAUUGAAGUGGGAUGCGGUCGUGGAAUACAUUGGUAGGGGUGCAGCAAAUCAAAUCAAGGAGGGAACACUCUCAAUACAUUUGUAAAUAUCAAGGCCUGUUGACGACGCGAAGUGCAUAUGUGGUUUACGCAGACAUGAACCGUAACUGCUUUG